CGGCGGAGCCUAUGAACCUUGUCAUUAUUUCUGACCACCUCAGGCACGUAACUGGAAGUGUCAGCAAAUUUCAGGAGGUGCUCAUGAAGUUCCUGAAGGAAAAAGUGCCAGGAUUAAACAAAGUCAUCUACUUUUCCGAUGGUUGCCCAGGCCAAUACAAAAAUCGAUUAAACACGAAGAACCUUUUGAUGCACAAGGAGGACUACGGAGUGGAUGCAGAGUGGCAUUUUUAUGCCACCUCGCACGGAAAGAGCCCAAGCGAUGGCCUGGGUGGCACUCUCAAGCGCUUGGCAACAAAGGCCAGUCUGCAACGGCCUUACGACGGCCAGAUACAAACUCCUGAGGAUUUGUUUCUGUGGGCCGAUGAAAACAUCAAGGGCCUCAAUUGUGCUUAUGUUAAGUCGGUGGAUGUCAAGAAGCACUGCCGCAAAUUGAAUCGUCGCUUCCAGACAGCCCCAGCCGUCACUGGAAUACGAUCGCACCAUGCAUUAAUUCCUGUCACUGCUGGUUCCAUAGUGAUGAAAGUGCUGUCCAGGUCAGCAAGCGGCAAAACUGUCACUCUGCGAGAAGAAGCUACACCCCAAGAUGACGACGAGAACUCCGACCAGGAGAUGGUAGCUGACGCCAGUCCUCAGUCCCGGCUUCGCCCCAUCCAGCAGAGGCGCAGCAUAGUGGAUCUAACUAACAAGACACCAGUAGCCACUACCCCAACUUGGCAGCUAUCUAGGUUGCGUCGUAGAGUCAAGUGACGUCAAUGGCAAUACUUAACUAUACUUCUAAUGUAACAAAUGUAAAUAAAUCCAC